ACUUCGUUUCACUUGCUUUGAAUCGAUUGAAAGAAGCAUGUCUGCUGAUCCCAAAGAACAAGUGCAUCCUCCUCAGGAACUGAGCGAAGCCGAAGCUGCCGCUGCUGCCAAGAAGGCCAAGAAUGAGGCCAAGAAUGAGGAAAAACGUAAAGCCAAAUUGGCCAAAUUUGCUGCCAAGCAAGCCAAGCUUCAAGAAGCCAAGGCAGCCGCCAGCAAGACUGAAUCCGCGGAAAAGAAGAAGAAGAAGCCUACCAAGGCCGCUCCCGCUCCCGCUUUCGUCAACAAGACACCUAAGGGUGAAAAGAAGGACAUGACCGAACCUAUUGCCAAUGGUUACAACCCUAUUGCUGUGGAAUCGGCUUGGUACGACUGGUGGGUCAAGCAAGGUUAUUUCAAGCCCGAACUUACCGAGGACGGUAAGCCCAAGCCCGAGGGUAUCUUUGUCGUGCCUGCUCCCCCACCCAACGUUACCGGUUCGCUUCACAUUGGACACGCAUUGACUGUCUCUAUUCAGGAUACAUUGGUCCGAUGGAACCGUAUGUUGGGCAAGACGGUGUUGUUCAACCCUGGUACCGAUCACGCCGGUAUUUCUUGUCAAUCCGUUGUCGAGCGUAAAUUAUGGAAUGAAUCCAAGACCACCCGUCACGAUUUGGGUCGCGAAAAGUUCAUUGCUGAAGUGUGGAAGUGGAAGGAGAAAUAUGGUGACCGAAUUUAUGAACAGUUCUUCCGUUUGGGUGCUUCUUUUGAUUGGGAUAGAGCUGCUUUCACCAUGGAUGAUAAAUGCUCCAAAGCUGUGCGUGAAACUUUUGUCCGUCUUCACAGCGAAGGCAUUAUUUACCGUGCCAAUCGUCUUGUGAACUGGUGUGUGCGUUUGAACACGGCACUUUCCAAUUUGGAAGUCGAGAACAAGGAAUUGGCCGGACGCACUUUGUUGCAUGUCCCUGGCUAUGAGCCUGAGGAACGAUUUGAAUUUGGUGUGCUCAACGAAUUCGCUUACCUGGUUGAAGGUUCCGAUGAACGUGUGGUCGUAGCCACUACCCGUAUUGAAACCAUGCUGGGUGAUACCGCCAUUGCGGUUCAUCCCAACGACGAACGUUACAAGCACCUUCACGGCAAAUUCGUGGUGCAUCCUUUCAUUUCUGGUCGUCGCAUCCCUAUUGUGACGGACGAUAUUGCGGUUGACAUGGCCUUUGGUACCGGUGCCGUCAAGAUUACGCCCGCUCACGAUUUCAACGAUUACGAAGUCGGUAAACGCCACAACCUCGAAUUCAUCAACAUCUUGAACGACGACGGUACCUUCAACGACCAGGCCGGUCCCUACAAAGGCAUGAAGCGUUUCCACGUUCGUAAUCAGAUUGUCGAAGAUUUGAAGGCCAAGGGAUUGUUUGUCGGUGUCAAGGAGAACCCUAUGACGGUGCCCGUGUGCUCAAAGUCGGGCGAUAUUAUUGAACCUUUGAUGAAGCCUCAGUGGUGGUUGGAUUGCAAAUCCAUGGCCAAGGAAGCGAUCCAGGCCGUGAAUGAUGGUAAGCUCAAGAUUGCUCCCAAGUCGUCCGAGGGUGACUGGUUCCGUUGGUUGGAAAACAUUCAAGAUUGGUGUAUCUCGCGUCAAUUGUGGUGGGGUCACCGCGUUCCUGCCUACUUUGUUCGUUUGGAAGGUGAAUCGCAUGAAUUGACCGACAACGACUACUGGGUCAGCGGUCAAGAUGAAGCCGCCGCUCAAGCUGCUGCCGAAGCCAAGUUCGCCGGUAAGAAGUUUACCUUGGAACAAGAUCCCGAUGUGCUCGACACAUGGUUCUCGUCCGGUUUGUGGCCUUUCUCCAUCAUGGGCUGGCCCGAUCAGACCGAAGAUUUGGCCAAGUUCUAUCCUGCUUCGUUGUUGGAAACUGGUUGGGAUAUUCUUUUCUUCUGGGUGGCUCGUAUGGUGAUGUUGGGUAUCAAGUUGACGGGUCAAGUGCCUUUCUCUGAAAUUUUCUGUCACGCCAUGAUUCGUGACGCUCACGGUCGCAAGAUGUCCAAGUCGUUGGGUAACGUCAUUGAUCCUAUUGAUGUCAUUGAAGGUAUCACUCUGGACGGUCUUCAUCAGAAGCUCAUGGAAGGCAACUUGGACCCUCGUGAAGUUGAGAAAGCCAAGAAUGGCCAGAAAUCGGAUUUCCCCAAGGGUAUUCCUGAGUGUGGUACCGAUGCUCUUCGUUUCGCUUUGUGUGCGUACACUACGGGUGGUCGUGACAUCAACUUGGAUAUCAUGCGUGUCGAAGGUUACCGCAAGUUCUGUAACAAGUUGUGGAACGCUACUCGAUUUGCUUUGAUGAAGUUGGGCGAUGAUUUCAAGCCUGUGGCUGAAAUGAAGCCUACCGGUGCCGAGUCGUUGGUGGACAAGUGGAUUUUGAACAAGCUCAACCGAGCUGCCGUGGACACCAACAAGGGAUUGGCAGAACGCAAUUUCUUUGCUGCCACCAAUGCCAUUUAUCAGUUCUGGUUGUAUGAACUUUGCGAUGUGUAUAUUGAGGCUAUCAAGCCUGUGUGUGAUGCCGAUACCACCGGGGAUGAAGAAGCGGCGAAGCGUCAAUUGGCGGCUCGUAACACUUUGUAUACUUGUCUUGAAGCCGGUCUGAAGUUGAUGCAUCCUUUCACGCCUUUUGUCACGGAAGAAUUGUUCCAGCGUCUGGGCCGUCGUCCCGGUGACAAGACCGAAACCAUUGUCAAGGCGAAAUAUCCCGUGGAAGAAAAGAGCUUCAUUGACAGCGAAGCUGAAAAGAACUUUGAUCUCGUGUUUGACGUGGUCAAGGCUAUCCGUAGCUUGGCCGUGCAACUGAAUAAGAAGAAGGAUAAUGAAGCCUAUGUAUAUACUUCGGAUGCUGGUUUGGCUGACUUGAUUGCCAGUGAGAAGCAUGUCAUUAUGACUUUGGCCAAGGGUACCAACGACGUCAAGGUGGUCAAGACCGAAAGCGAGCUUCCCGAAAAUGUUGAAACAACCAAGGUUUCCGACAAAUUGACGGUCGCGUUAUGCAAAUAGAAACUUUAUUCAGAAAAAAGAAAAAAAGGAACUGACCUUCUUUUUUUUUUGUAAAUCCAUAAAUUCAAAUCAUUGUCAUACCAGCAUUUCUGUUGUUUUGCCCAUUUUUAGAUCUUUGUGUUUAUUUUUGUCUUUUCGGUGUUAGACCAAAAAGGAGACAACUCUUGCCAACCAAACAUUGCGUCAUUUUUUGUUCCGUGAGACUUUGC